UAAACUGUUUAAACUUUUAAGACAUGUAAGAGCAGACAGCUGACUUCUUUGUUAACAUCAGCGGACUGUGAGACAAUGGCUGAGAUUUGUCAGCAAAAUACGAAAAAUACAAAGGCAGACAAGUUUGGAUGGGGUGAGACAGAGGACGCCAAUGAGAGAACUCAGGAACUUUGUGACAAGGUGAAAGAAGAAGUGCAGAGACAAACACGCGGAGACAAUACGGAAUACAAAGCAAUGAAAUACAGGCAACUUCGGGGUAUCCUUGGAGCAGAACACUUCCUAAUCAAGGUUCAAGUUGGAGACACAAAUUACAUUCAUUUGUAUGUUGUUAAAAUUGUGGGUCCCAACGCAUCUCCAACACUGGAAGGUGUGCAGCAGAACAAAACCAGAGACGACACCAUCGAACCUAUUCCUGCAUCUCCACCACAGACAGUGACUGUCUUACAGGCUAUUGUCUCAUAAUAAAAACUCUGCUUCUUUGUUCUGAAAUGAUUUGACUUUGACUUUGAAUGCAUUAACACUCAGGGAUAAAGACAUUUGCUGUUGGGAAGCAACAAAUGUCAGCAGCAAGUGCAUUACCUUCUAAAGACAUAAUAAAGAUGAGAUCAGUAAAUAUCUA